CCCACUACUAUGCUGUGGGCGUUGGCGGCGGUGGAAGGCAAGGCGCAUUGCCGACUCUCUCCUGCACCUUUAACAACUACUAUAUACAGUAGACGAUCACAUUACCAGUUUAUAUUACUAUUUAUAUAUUUUUUAACCACACUUCUUGGAUUGCCAAAGAUCUGUUGUCACCACACCAUUUGUUUUAUAACAUGCAAGUCGGCUGACGUUGCGGUCCUGUCUGGAUUAUCAAGAUGCCUUCCACCAGGUGUUGGGUCGACAUGAACUGGUUCUCAGUCCUCUAGUUGGAUCUAAGUACUGUAUUUAAUGGUUGGAAUGACAAAAGAGGAAGAUGUGUUGCCCUCCUCGGGAGAGGCUAAAGACUUUUAUGCUAAAUAUGAACCAAAAGAACUGCUUGGAAGGGGUGUGACCAGCGUGGUGCGCCUGUGCGUUGAGAAAGAAACCCAAGCUGAAUAUGCCGUGAAGAUAAUUGAUGUGAGUGGGGAGAACUGCAAUGACAACUACCCCGUGGAACAAGCACGACAGGAUACAAUGAGGGAGAUAAAAAUCCUGAAUUUAUGUGCAAAUCAUAAAUAUAUCAUAAAUCUCCAUGAUGUCUUUGAAACAUCAACGUUCAUUUUUCUUGUGUUUGAGCUAUGCAAAAAAGGUGAACUGUUUGACUAUCUCACACAAGUGGUCACCCUCUCUGAAAAGAGAACUAGGAUAAUUAUACGGCAACUGUUGGAAGCUGUUGACUUUGUUCAUGAAAAAAAUAUCGUCCACAGAGAUCUGAAGCCAGAGAAUAUUCUUCUGGAUGAUAACAUGAACGUGAAACUCACAGAUUUUGGAUUGGCCACUUUUCUUACUGAUAAUCAAGAACUUACUGAACUAUGUGGAACCCCUGGAUAUCUAGCUCCAGAAGUCCUUCAGGUUUCAAUGAACGAAUUAGCACCUGGUUAUAGAGAAGAGGUUGAUAUGUGGGCUGUCGGAGUCAUCAUGUAUACGCUAUUGAGUGGUUCUCCACCAUUUUGGCACCGUAAACAAAUCUACAUGCUCCGUGCAAUAAUGGAAGGCAAUUAUCAGUUUAACAGUACGGAGUGGAACGAUGUUGGCAACAUGCCAAAAGACUUGAUUUCAAAAUUGUUGGUUGUCGACCCAAAGAAACGGCUCACUGCCAAAGAAGCAUUGCAACAUCCAUUCUUAAAUCGUGAUCUCGGAACAGAAAAGAAAUUAUUUAAUGCUGUUAAAAAGUUUAGGGCUGGCAUUAUAUGUAUUCGGUUUUUCUUCCGACUUCAGUACUUCUAUCAACAUCCUCAAAAUGUCUCAGUGGAAACACUACUAAAAAAUCCUUACCAACUGAAGACUAUCAGGAAAAUUAUAGAUGGGUGUGCUUUUAAAGUCUAUGGGCAUUGGGUAAAACGUGGAGAAAACCAAAAUCGUGCAGCUUUGUUUGAACACUCUCUCAGAGAUGACUGGAAAACCUCUGACAACUGGAGGUCGUCUGAAUUAACUCGAUAACUAAUUCCACUAACACUUUUUCUUUUAGCCACAUUAUUUCACCUCUCCAUUCCUGCCUUACACCUAUCCUCAAUAUUUUGUAUAUACUUAUAUUGUCUGCCUAAUUACAUACACUCCAUUCUUUCAGAGACAAGUGAAAAACCAGAAGUGUCUUCAUUUUCAUCGAAUAGUAUUUUAAGAUUACGACAGUUACCAUUUUAAUUUAGAUUUUGUAAAGUUUUUAAAACUUUUAAAAUUUUAAACACUUUUUAAUUAUUUAAAAAUAUUUUAAUAAGCACAAAUGGUUACAUCUGUUUUUUAAAAUUAUUUUAUUUACCAACAUUUGUGUUUAGGUGUAUUAGUGUUCACUUGAAUAGUGUUAGUAUUACUGAAUUUGUCUCGAAGUACAGUCUGAAAAUUCACCGACAAGCAUACUUUUAUAGAGUUCUUACAAUAAGAUAGUGAAGUUACUGCUGGUAAAACCAUUUAUCUUCCUCUCUCUUGCUGCUUGAUGUAGGAUUCUAUAUAAGUUUCAGUUGCUUUGCUGAGUUCUGAUCAUUUUUACCUGCAACAAGUUCUUUCAGCACUUGCAUUCAUUUUACACGUGCAGUUACAUAGUGUAUGAUAUAAUUACCUUACUUGAAGUUAAUUUUAAAUUAUUAUAUAUAUAUAUUUGGAUUUAGUGAAAUUGAUCAAAUAAACAUUUGGAAUAGGAAAAAGUGGAUGGAACUAUCUUAUAUGUUUAAACCCAAAGUUGUUUUGUAAUUUGAAAACAUUAGAUAUUUGUUUUCCUUCAAUUUUUUUUUUCUUUAUCUACCAUGCUAUUCUAUAAGAAAUCAUUAAUUUAAGAAACAUGUGCCGGUUAUAAUUUCAAUAACCAUAAGUGAUGUAAUAGCACUGCUAACACAGUAGAGCAUGGUAUAGACUUGUUUCAGCUCUACUGCCAAAUGCAUAUUGGCAGAUAUAUCUUUAAAUGUAAAAUUCCAGUAUUUAAGGCACUGGUAAUUCAGUCUUUAAUAUGAAUUAAAAUUCAUAUUUGUUUUUAUUUAAAAUGUCAUUGAAAUGAUUGACAAACCCUGAAAUAUGAGCUAGAGAAGGUAAAAGAAUUUUUUUUUUUUUUAGUUAAAACUUAUUUGUUCUAUAAGGUUUUCCAUCCAAGAUCCUCUCUGAUACUACUUUUGUUAAUGUUAAGACACGUUUCUCCAGUGCUGCUUUUUCCUGUUCCACAUCAGUCCCAUUCCCUGCUUCAUUUAUGUUCUUUCAAGUGUAGUUUUCCAUAGCGUCUAUAAUUGAAUGAUGGCGUUUCCAUUUAGGUAGUCAUUAUUUAGCUAUUUAUGAAAUGGUGUGUACUAUUUAAGGGUGUUUUUUUUUUUAACUAAUGAAUUGAUAAAAUUUAGCACCUUUCCAAAACAGAUAGAAUUCUUUUAUUAAUUUGGAUGAAAAAGUUUCUAUUGACUAAGGAAAGAGUUAAAACUGUUUUAUAUAAACAAUUCUCAUAGACUCUGCAAUUGCUAUUGUUUUUUAAAUAUCAAAACCUUGCCAGACAGUUCCAUCAUGUAUAUAUAUACAUAUGUAUAUAUAUAUAUGUCACUACACUGAAAGUCGUACCUAUUUGAACAGGGCGAUAGAGACAUUAUAGGAAAUAUAACCAAUAAUUUUUGUAUCUACCCAUUUCUAGUAAGAUAUUGCAUAGAGAUCAUUCAUUUAAGUUAUUAAUCAAUCAUAUUUAUAUAAGCUUUAAUAUAGAAUUUCAAAAAUGGCACACCAGUUUUUAACACUUUGUAAUAAUAGCUUUCAGGUUUUUAUAAAGGAUUUGUCUUUUUUAUCACAAACAUAAAACAGUUAAAUUAUCGCUAAGAUAGUGUUGAACAGUUUAUGAAUAUAUCUCCUGUUCACCAAGCAUUGAAUUUAUUUUCAAGUCAUUGUCUCUUUUAAACUUUAGUGUAUUUAUGUUUAGUUUUGUUCUAGUAUUUUAAUCAGCAUAAUGUUCCAAAAUACUCCAUCAUAUCAAAGCACCAAGUGGUUGUAACAACUAUACUUGAAGCAAAAAAAACAAAGCCCAAACGACCCAUUCUCCCCACCCCGGUGUUUAAUUAAAUAUCUGAAAUAUUUCUAUUAUUCACAACUCCAACAGAUCAAUAAAUGUUUACUAUAAGGUUUACAAGAAGAGUGCCGUGUUGAUCAAACAGAAUCCUAUUAUCCCCUCCACUCACUCCCUUGGUUAACAGAGCUGGUUGGAGUCAAUAUACCUCCCGGUGUUUCAAUAUGUGAUAAAUUUUGUUUUCUGUUUAUUAUUAAUAAAAUGGAAUUAACACCAAAAAUUAUAAAUAAAAAAAAAUCAUUCUUAUUCCAUGUUGACAAGAUCUGCUAAUAGUCUCAAUGUUUGUUGAUAACACCUUAUUCUCUCAGCCCUUUCUUCAUGGAUAUCUUCAGUAGCUAACCAACUAUUAAAAUUGUAUUAGUUGAGGGAUUUUUCCAAAAAUAACUAAAUAUCAACCAAAGUGCUUUGGUAGCUAACUUAUUUUAGAGCUAGUAAAUAAUAUUCAAUCACGAAAUUGAGCUUCAUAUAAAUAUGCUAUUUCUAUAGUGUAAUUUUAUUUGCUCCCAAAAAUUACAAAAAAAAUCCAAUAAAAAACAUGAACUGAUGAGUUUCCAUAAACAUCUUUAUUUAGGCCUAUAACUACUUUUUAAAAAAAUAUCUGUGGCUCUAAGAACCCAAUUAUAGACACUAGUUUUUACUUGAUUAAGAAAACAGUAAAUUUCUUUCGUAUCUAAGAUUUAAUAUGUCAAAACUGGUAUCCAAUACACUGUUAUCAUUAGCAUAUUAAUUUAUCUUGUUUCAAAUGCUACAGUUUAUCAUACCUAAAGCAUGGAUUUACAGUAACCAACACUUAAAAAUGAAAAGUAAAAUGUUUGAAAAUGAAGUUAUUUCCUUAGAAAUGGUUUUUUUUUUUUUACUGUUUUGUUUGUUCAAGAAACAAAAAUUUACCAGAGGAAUUAUAAAAUAAAGAGAUCUGCACAACUCCACUUGAAGUCUAACGAUAUUUUUUUAUAAUUUUCGAUAUAGAAUCUUGUAUUAACUUUUCAUCACAAUGUUUAUUUUUUUCGGGUUUUGAUAAAUUAUAUUUGGUACAACUGAAAAAUUAUUAUAUAAUUGUCCAUUUUAAAGAGCAACUGUCAAGACACAUUCAUGGAGGAACUAUUACAUGCAAUAUAUUUUAUUCUAAACAAAAUAGUCAUGCUGCUCAUUAGUUGUCUAGAGAAAAUUGUCUUAUAGCGCAGCUAAAAACACUGCAUUCUUACAGUAGGCAACCACGCAUUUUCAGAAAAUGUUUUAUGAAAAGCUUAUUCAAAUGUAGGAGAAUAAAAUUAAUUAAAAGGGAACAUUAAAGUAUAUUACAUUUAAGCCAACCUAUUAUACUCUUAGAGAUUAGUAUAAAUGUAUUUACUAUUCAGACAUGAUUUACGCCGAGGUCGACUUUGCCUUUCAUCCUUUUGGGGUUGAUAAAUUAAGUACCAGCUGCGUACUGGGGUCGCUCUAAUCGACUGGCUCCUUUCCCAAAAUUUUGGGCCUUGUGCUUAGAGUAGAAAAUAUAUCUAAGAUACUGAGCAUGAUUUUAGAAUAAGUAUCAGUUAGCUAAAUACUCAGAGCAAAGACAUAUAACAGCAAUAAGUCAACAACAAAACAUCGUUACCUAAUUACAGUAUAGCCGUGUGCUAUCAUAGUAACUGGAUUAUAGGUUGCUAUAUAUAAUAUUCUGCAAAUGACAUUUUGGUUUUAGCAGAGUAAUAUAACCAGCAUCCUGGUUUCAAAUUUCAAUUGAGAAAUCAAUUGAUUUCACUACACAAUCAUUUGAUCUUGUCAGGUAUAUAAAGAAACAUAUCACCAAAUAUUGUUAUGGCAUGUUUCAUUAUGUCACUGGUUUUAAACAGGUAAACGUAAAAUAUUGCAUCGAUUUACAAAAAGAAAAAAAGAGACAAUUUGCAUGUAAUAAAACCUCUAGAAUGUUAAGUGAAACACUAUUUAAACCAGAACUACCAGAUUGUGUUGGAAUAGUUAAAUUAUUCAAGGUAAAAAACACUUUUUGUUGGAUUAAUUACUAUUUUACUUAAUCUUUUCAUUUACAAUUUACUCAUGCUUUAAAGUGAUAACAUGUAAAGAGAUGCCACCAAUUUACCAUUUUUAAUAUUACAAUAAUAUAGCUGCUACUGUGUAGCUCAAUGUUGAAAUGUAAAUGUUUAGAACAAUUUGAAUGUAAACCAGAGAGGAACAGAAACAUUAUUCAACACUAGACUUAUUACAACUUAACAAUAUGACUAAAUAUAACUGUCUAACCUAAAUUAAAUUUUUUUUAAUACAAACUAUUACCAGAAUACCAAAAGAAUGUUUUUAUUUUAUCCACCAAAACUAGUGUGAAUACUAUAAGUUUUUCACUUGUCAACAACCCUUUCCCUACUGAAAAUAUUGUUCAUGUGUCAUUAUGAUUUGAGAAAGAAGACGGGAAAUAUUUAUUUUGUUUUGUUAUAUGAUUAAAGCUAUCAAAAACUACAAAAAA